AUGGACCCGGGAUUGGCAACUUCGCCGCGGGUGUCGCCGGCGCUUACCUCCGUCAUGGCGUACAUGGGGCAACGUGUCCCGCUGGCUCUUGUGGUGGUUAGCCCCUCUGUCCGCUUUGAGGCGGAGCUCGUCGGGUACCUUCUCGGGAAUGUUCAUGUCUCGUGCCGUUGUCGCUCUUCCCGCAGCAGGCGGAGCCAAGGCCAUGAUGAGUUAGUGCUCAAGCUGGGCGUGUCUGACAGCUUUGAGCUACAGGCCCUCAACCUUUGGUGGUUCCAGAGGUAUGGCGCCGUCUCGCUUGUGCUGGAUCGCAUUGAUAGACAGCACUUCCCGUUAUUUCAACGUCUCAGGAAAAGUUUGAAUCUGCAGGAGGUGAAGCUGCUCAACUCGGUCGUGGCGUGUGACGUGAUGCAUGCCAUGACGACAUGCCGCGAGUUAGAGACACUCACGGUCCGCCAGUGCUUCAGUGACUCGGAGGUGAGUAUCCGCGGGGUGACGCCGAUCCUCAACAACCGCGCCACAGAGAAGCGUGAGGUCUCGAAGUUUUACAUCUCCGGCGUCACAAGUCUCGGGGUCCUGUCAAAGCUGCGUCACCUCACCCUCUCCAGUACACCACUGAGUGAAACGAUGAUGCUGUAUUUCUCCGAGUGUGUUAGUCUAGAGCGUGUUGUGGUGGAUUCAUGCCGAGGCCUGAAGUCGCUGGAGUGUUUUGCCUCCCUUCAAAGGUUGACGGAGCUGUGUCUACUAAACUUGGGCAUCACAGAGGAGGGGCUCGUCCCCAUCUGUCGUUGCACCUCACUGCAACACAUCCAGCUUGAUAAUUGCAUGAAGCUUCAUAGCCUUAAUUGCCUUGAACCCUUAGCUAGUCUGCGAACGCUCAAUGUUGCACGGAACCGAGUUUCCGAUGAUGGAAUCCGAAGUUUAGGUAACUGCAAGAAUUUGGUGGAGCUCCGACUUGUCUCGUUGCAUCGCCUGUCCACCGUGGAGCCGCUCUCGGCCCUUGAUAGCCUGAUUGAGUUGGACCUCACAGAGAACUGGGUCACGGAUGUGGGCUGCGCGGCGCUAACGAGCUGUCGUCAGCUACGGCGCCUCAAGCUCGUGUCGUGUCGCUGCGUGUCGGAUGUGCACUGGAUUCGUGCCUUGACGUCCCUUCGGUCCUUGGAUUUGUCAAGAACGCAUGUGAGAAGCCCUGAGCUCCAGGUGCUGCGGGUGUGUGAGCAGCUGGAGGAGCUCCAUGUUGUUUCCUGUAGCGGCGUAAACGAUGCAUCCUUUGUCGAGGGCUUACUCUCCCUUAGGCACUUGGAUCUUGCUGAUACCGGCUUAAAUGAUGCCGGGACGCGGCCGCUGCGACAAUGUACGGCGCUGACUUUUCUCUCAUUGCGGGAUUGUCGCCUUGUGACGGAUGCGCACUUCGUGGAGUCGCUGGUAAACCUGCUCAGCCUGAACCUGGAGGGCACAGAAGUGGUGGACGCCAACAUUAUUCCGCUGGUUCAUUGUAAGCAGUUGGAGUUCCUUUCACUUCGUCACUGUCUGUUUUUGACCGACGUCCGCUGCUUGCGGGAGUUGAAGGCGCUCAGGUCGUUGGAUAUUUUUGGAACGUACGUUACCGAUGAGGGGGUAUCUGAUGUCUCACAGUGCACCUCGUUAGAGCGGAUUAACCUUGGUGCAUGCUUCCUUAUUACUCACCUUGAGUUCCUUCGCCCCCUGCGUGCGUUGAAGUAUGUGACGGCGGAUCGUACGAAUGUCGUGGACGUGGCCGGUCUGGGAGGCAGCGGGUCCGUGCGGGAGGUGUCGCUUGCCGACUGCAAACGGCUCGGGUUGGUGGGUCCGCUGGAGGCCCCCCGCCUGCUGGAGCUUUUGCUGAAGAAGAGCAACAUCACGGACGGCGGCAUCCGCGGCCUCCUGGUGCACUGUCAUUCCCUGCGACGUCUCGACCUGCAACAUUGCCCCUGCAUCACGGAGCUGAGCGCAGUCGCACAACUCCCUUCCCUUACAGAACUCCUGGUGCGGAAUAUCAAAAUAACGAAUGAGUCCAUCGCCUUUGUGGCGCGCUGUGUGACGUUGGAGAAACUGGUGCUGGCGGAGUGCGUUGAGGUGACGGAUGUAAAUCGUCUCCAACACCUGCGCCGGCUGCUGGAGUUGGAUCUCUCAAAGACAGGCGUCACCUCCAAGGGGAUUGUGGGGCUGGCGCGCUGUCGCAGCCUAAAUAAAUUGAACCUCAGCGACUGCCGCUACGUGACGGACGUCAACUGUCUGGGAGAACUGCAUCUAUUGCGGGAACUUCACUUGGGGCGAACCACACUCUCGGACGACGGCAUCGUGGGACUAUGCCGCUGUUUACAGCUUGAAAUCCUCACACUCACAAAGUGUAGCCAAAUCAAAAACGUGGGAAAACUUCAGAACUCCCUAACUCGCCUGGUAACCUUUGACGUGUACGGCACCUCCGUCGAGGAUUCUCGUCGUUACCUUGGUGUCGGCCAACGCAUCCAGCAUGCGUGUAAUGUUUUUUAG